AUAAUGUAAAAGUGAAAGUGCUUCAGCUAGGUAUCUAGCGAAGGUGUGGACAUGAGUCACAUGAUUUCGACACUAGAUUUAGAUUGACACACUACACGCACAUGAUUGACACUCCCACACAAAACACACGCAUACACUACAUUCGCCCACACACUCAUACCGACACACACACUUUUACACUUAUCAUUUGCUGCUGCUACUCUGUUCUUUAUUUUACUCUUAUUAUUAUGAUCUGUUCUGAUGCCUAGUCUCUUUACCCUGCAUUCAUGUACAGUGCAUUCUGGAAGUAUUCAGACCCCUUGACUUUUUCCAUAUUUUGUUACAUUAUACAGCCUUAUUCUAAAAUUGAUUCAAUCAUUUUGUCCCUCAUCAAUCAACACGCAAAACCCCAUAAUGACAAAGUUAAAACUUUUUUUUAAUACAUUUUUGCAGAUUAAUAAAAACAAAAACUGAAAUAACAUUUACACAAGUAUUCAGACAGUACUUUGUUGAAGCACCUUAGGCAGCGAUUACAGCCUUGAGUCUUUUGGGGUAUGACGCUACAAGCUUGGCACACCUGUAUUUGGGGAGUUUCUCCCAUUCUUCUCAGCAGAUCUUCUCAAGCUCUGUCAGGUUGGAUGGGGAGCGUUGCUGCACAGCCAUUUUCAGGUCUCUCCAGAGAUGUUCAAUCGGGUUCAUGUCCGGGCGCUGGCUGGGCCACUGAAGGACAUCCAGAGACUUGUCUCGAAGCCACUCCUGCGUUGUCUUGGCUGUUUGCUUAGGGUCGUUGUCAAGGUUGGAAGGUGAACCUUUGCCCCAGUCAGUGGAAACCGGAUGCACCUGAGCUCAAUUUGGAGUCUCAAAGCAAAUUGUCUGAAUACUUAUGUAAAUAAGGACAUGGUGAUCCGUGCUCUGAUGCAGACCAACAGUCGCAGCAUGGAGGCAGCCAUAGAGUACAUUAGUAAGAUGAGCUACCAAGACCCUGUGAGGGAGCAGAUGGUGGAUGCUCCCGCCCGCCCCGUCAAUGCAGGCAUGAAAGCCCCCGGUUCCUCUCAUAUCCAGCAGCCUGUGCUGAGGAGGCAGAGCUGGAAGGGUUCCAAGGAGUCCCUGGUUCAGAGACAUGGCCACAUGAGGGUGGAGGGGAUGGUGUACCGUUCAGACAGCCCUGGACCCCAGGGUGACCUGGCAGGACGAGGCCCUCCCCCAGCCUUCCCACAGGGCCACCCUGGCAACAACCAACGGGUCAACCCUCCCCUACCCCCUCAGGUGCGCAGUGUCACCCCUCCCCCAAAUAGAGGUGGAACCCCACCUCCACCCUCCUGGGACAGUAACCCCUCCACCAAGCGCUUCUCUGGCAACAUGGAUUACCUGGUGCCCCGGAUCUCUCCCGUUCCCCAAGGAGCCUGGCCCGAUGGCUACUCAGCCCCCCAGAACCAGAGGGGUAUCAGCCCAGUGCCCAUGGGCCGUCAGCCCAUCAUCAUGCAGAGCUCUGGGGGGAACAAGUUCAGCUUCCCAUCCGGCUGGUCUCAGAACGGCUCCCCUCAACCAGACUACAUGGGACACCAGAGUGGUAGUAGCAGACAACCCCCUCCCCCUUACCCAGUGAACCAGAGCAGCAGACAAAGCCCCACCGCUCAGCAGAUGCAGGCCGGAGGUCCUGCCUCGUCCCCAUCCUACAUCAACGAUGGUAACCUCCCCCAGUCCAUGAUGGUGCCUAACCGGAACAGUCACAAUCUUGACAUGUACAAUCUUGACAUGUACAACAUAGGUGGGCCUCAGUCCUGGACCCAAGCCCCCCUCGGCCAGCCCCAGUCCUCACCAGGUAGCAGCAACCAGGACAUGUCCCCCUCAUGGCAGCAGCACAGCAUCCCUGUCCGAUCCAACUCCUUCAACAGCCACCAGAUGAGCAACAGGCAGGGCCACCCAGCCAGCUCCCAACCCUCUGCCACCACAGUGACAGCCAUCACCCAGGCCCCCAUCCUGAGGCCCGUUAAGAGUAUGCGUGUGCAGAAGCCUGAACUACACACUGCUGUGGCCCCCACACACCCACCCUGGAUGCACCAUCCCCCACCCUCUCCAUCUCCCACUACCUACCAGGAGCCUCUACCAGCAGCGCCCAUGCCCCAUGUACCCAUUACAGUAGCAGAGGUGCCCAGUUACCAGGGUCCUCCACCCCCGUACCCCAAACACCUUCUCCAACAGCCUGCUGCACCCUGCCCUGCCUAUGACCCAGGGCCCAAGCCCAGUACUGGGAGAGAGGAGGCUGCAGAGGAAGAGGAGUGUAGCAGCAGCUCUAAUGACAAGCCAGAAGGCCCAUACUCUGCUGCCAUGGGAACAGAUAAGGAGAAUAAACAGAUCACCACAUCUCCGGUGCCUAUGCGCCGGAACAACAAAGACGAGGAGCGGCGAGGAGACCCCAGAGUGUCACUCUACUCUCCCCAGGCCUUCAAGUUCUUCAUGGAGCAGCACGUUGAGAACGUUCUGAAGAACCACCAAAUGAGGAUCCAUAGGAAGAAGCAGCUGGAGAGUGAGAUGCAGAGGGUUGGGUUGUCAGGUGAUGCCCAGGAGCAGAUGCGCAUGAUGUUGUCUCAGAAAGAGUCCAACUACAUCCGACUGAAGCGGGCCAAGAUGGACAAGUCCAUGUUCAAGAGGAUCAAGACCCUGGGCAUCGGAGCCUUUGGAGAGGUGUGUCUAGCCCGGAAGGAGGACACGGGAGCCCUGUACGCCAUGAAGACGCUGCGCAAGAAGGACGUUCUCCUCAGGAACCAGGUGGCCCACGUCAAGGCAGAGCGAGACAUCCUGGCUGAGGCUGAUAAUGAGUGGGUGGUGCGGCUCUACUACUCCUUCCAGGACAAGGACAACCUGUACUUUGUGAUGGACUACAUCCCCGGGGGUGACAUGAUGAGUCUGCUGAUCAGGCUGGGCCUCUUCAAAGAGGACUUGGCUCAGUUCUACAUCGCUGAGCUCACCUGCGCCGUGGAGAGCGUGCACAAGAUGGGCUUCAUCCACCGCGACAUCAAGCCAGACAACAUCCUCAUAGACCGGGACGGACACAUCAAGCUCACCGACUUUGGGCUCUGCACCGGCUUCCGUUGGACGCACGACUCAAAGUACUACCAGAGUGGAGACCAUGUUCGGCAGGACAGCAUGGACUUCAGUAAGGAAUGGGAGCAGGACCCAGCUAACUGUCGCUGCGCAGACCGGCUCAAGCCCCUGGAGAGGAGGAAGGCGAGGCAACACCAGCGCUGCCUGGCCCACUCCCUGGUGGGGACACCCAACUACAUCGCUCCAGAGGUGCUGCUCAGAACAGGAUACACCCAACUGUGUGAUUGGUGGAGUGUUGGUGUCAUUCUGUAUGAAAUGGUGGUUGGGCAGCCUCCUUUCUUAACAACUACACCCCUGGAAACCCAGCUCAAGGUGAUAAACUGGCAGACCACCCUGCACAUCCCCCCUCAAGCCAAGCUGAGCCCCGAGGCAUCGGACCUCAUCAUUAAACUAUGCCGCGGCCCCGAGGAUCGCCUCGGCAAGAACGGUGCCGACGAGAUCAAGGUGCAGCCCUUCUUCAAGACCAUCGACUUCUCUAGUGACCUGCGGCAGAUGCAGCCGGCCCCCUACGUACCCACCAUCGCUCACUGCACAGACACCUCCAACUUUGACCCGGUGGACCCAGACAAGCUGUGGAGCAGAGAUAACGAAGCCGAGGGCAAACACAAUGACACCCUCAAUGGGUGGUUCAAGAACGGCAAGCACCCCGAGCACGCCUUCUACGAGUUCACCUUCCGCCGCUUCUUUGACGACAACGGCCACCCCUACAGCUGUCCCAAGCCCAUUGGCAUAGAGUAUGAGGAGGGAUCUGAUGGUGACGAGGCAGACUCUGAGGCCCCGGCACAGGAGGAGGGAGACCAGGAAGAGAGCCGCAGGGGGGCACAGGGCCGGGAUUUGGUCUAUGUGUAGUAUCUUCUAUGAACAUCUUUGUUCUGCUGGUUUAUUGGUACAUAAUGUCUUUGAAACAGGUUGCUGGUUUGUCAGAGAGCGGGUCAGGAGUUGGGUAUAUGACGUGUUUAACUGUUCUUGUGGGGACCAGAAGUCAAAUGCUAUUUCUAUGGGGUUUAGGGUUAAGGUUAGAAUUAGGGUUAGAAUUACAUUAAGGGUUAGGUGCUAGGGUUAAGGUUAGGGAAAAUUGGAUUUUGAAUGGGACUGAAUUGUGUCCCCCACAAGGUUAGCUGUACAAGACUGUGUGUUCUCAGCCCCUUCUUCUGCGGAACAAUUAGGACCAGAUAUAAUUGUACCAUACAGAACAGAUACAUGGUACACAUAACUACACUACAGUAUAGUCUCUCUACACUACAGUCUGUAGGAGGAGGGUUUAGUCUUUCACACUACAGGUGUAUUCAUGGAGUUGUACAGGGUAAGCUUUAUAUGCUGUCUGACAUUGAAUAGACCAAUGAAUUGAAAGCAAAAAUAUCAGGGUGCUCUUCGAAGACUUUACAAACCCUGUUUUAAGCCUUCAUUUAUUAAGGAUACUACAAACUGGUGAUGCUAGUUGAUACUCAUAAGUAUGGGAUUUAUUUUUUUAACUUUAUUUUUUGACAAUUGUCUUAAUUUAUAUUUUAAUAGGUCUAUUGCAAUGGGGAUAUAUUAGUGAUAUCACUCUGGUAGAAUUUGCAGGGAUAAGUACAUCUUGAAUUUUUCAUUGCUGUGCCUUUGAUCUUCUGCUCUUUUACCAAAUACUGUAUAGAGGGACAUUUUAAACUAGACUUAGUUGAUUGAACUAGGGAUUUGUGUAUUUUUCUAAUUUAUACAUAACAUUUAUUUAUAAAUUGUUGUACACAUUUGAUGUAAAUAUUUUCUCUAUCUAUUUGAUUGGUUAGUUGAUAUUCAUUAGGGCAGGCCCUCCGCGUUAUUCAAAUCUCUUUCCUGUAAUAAUUGGUAGUGAUCAUUCCACUGUCUAUUUUGUUUCCUUGUUUCUGAAAAAGGCCAAUCUGAAAGGUACCUUUUUAUGUAAUGAUACUAAAGUAAAUGAAGAGAUGGCAUGACUGGGGCCGACAGGCUCCGUUAUGCUAUGUACAGGGCAUUUUCUUCUCUCUCAUUCACUUCCACAGUAGCAUCUGCCUUCAUCACUUCUGACAUAGUGUCUCAACCAAGCACUAUGCUGUGUAUGUAUGAGCUCACUGACACGUCGAACCUGUUCAUGAAGGACUGAUACCAUACUGAAAAAGGAAUUAUAAAUUGGCGGUCUUUAGUAGCUCAUAGUGGAUAGAUGGGUCACCUCCCCUAUCCCAUAUUUUGCCUUUAUUAGUGACUUGGAAAUAUUUUAUGUAGUUGUAAUAUGUACUGUUUUUGUUGAAAUCAUGUAAAGAUUACAUAAUUAGAUUUAUGGUGUAAAUGUUUUGGGAGGGGGAUUGGGAGAAGGGCUAAUGAAUAAAGAAUGUAAAGCACU